AGACACAAGCAUUCGAGCCAGGCGUGUCUUCGACUUAUUAGAAACGUCCUGCAAUCAUCAUGGCCGAGCUCAAUGGGAGCUUCGCCUCCCCGGUGGCAGAUUCCAGCGUCAUGGCUCAACUCGCCAAUCCCACGGAUGCUUUGUACUCUUUUGUCAAUGGCCUCACGAUCUGGAGUGGCCUCCUCUAUCUGCUUCUCGCAGCCAUCGUGUACGAUCAAGUGAAAUACAUCUACCUCAAAGGCUCAAUCGUCGGCCCGUCAAUGAAAAUUCCCUUCAUGGGUCCUUUUCUCCAAUCCGUGUUUCCCAAAUUCACCGAAUACAAGGCCAAGUGGGACAGCGGUGCGUUGAGCUGUGUCUCAGUUUUCCACAAGUUCGUGGUGAUCGCAUCCAACCGCGACCUCUCUCGCAAGAUCUUCAACUCCCCCGCUUAUGUCAAGCCCUGUGUCGUCGAUGCUGCUCACAAGCUUCUGGGUUCUACCAACUGGGUCUUUUUGGACGGCAAGGCCCACGUCGAAUUCCGUAAGGGCUUGAACGGCCUCUUUACCCGUCACGCACUUUCGCUAUACCUACCUGGUCAAGAUGAAGUCUACGACAAGUACUUCAAGCACUGGGCCGAAGUUUCCGCUAAGAAUGACUACAAGCCCAUGCAAUUCAUGCCCGAGUUCCGAGAGUUCAUGACCGCCAUUUCUUGCAAGACCUUCGUUGGAGAUCACAUUGAUAAUGAAACGGUCAAGAGGAUUGCUGAUGACUACUUCCUAAUCACUGCCGCUCUUGAGCUUGUCAACUUCCCCAUUAUCAUUCCUUACACCAAGACCUGGUACGGCAAGAAGGCCGCUGAUAUGGUCCUGGAGGAGUUCUCCAAAUGCGCUGCUAAGAGUAAAGUUCACAUUGCCGCUGGUGGCGAAGUUACUUGUAUCAUGGAUGGCUGGGUCAAGCUUCAAUUGGACUCUGCUAAAUACCGCGAAAAGGCUGCCAAGGGUAUCCCUGUGGAUGAUUCUGAGAAGCCUGCGUCUGUUCUCCGUGACUUUACCGACUACGAAAUCGCCCAGACUGUGUUUACUUUCCUCUUUGCAUCCCAAGAUGCCACUAGUGCCGCUUGCACCUGGCUGUUCCAGCUCAUGGCCGACCGUCCCGAGAUUCUUGACAAAGUUCGUGAAGAAAACUACAGGCUGCGAAAUGGCGACCGCAACGCUCCUUUGACCAUGGAUAUGCUCGAAAACAUGACCUACACCCGUGCUGUUGUCAAGGAGACUCUCCGUUACCGCCCUCCUGUUAUCAUGGUCCCUUACAUGGCAAAGAAAGACUUCCCUAUUACCGACACUUACACUGUUCCUAAGGGCUCUAUGAUCAUUCCAUCGAUUUAUCCAGCAACUCGUGACCCCGAGGCUUACGAAGACCCCGACAGCUUCAACCCCGAUCGCUGGAUCACUGGUACCGCCGAGAAUCAGACAAAGAACUGGCUUAUUUUCGGAACUGGCCCACACUACUGUCUCGGUCAGACAUAUGCCACCCACAACCUCAUGGGUUUGAUUGGCAAGGCUAGUAUGCAUCUUAACUGGAAACACCAAAUCACGCCUGAAUCUGAGGAGAUCAAGGUCUUUGCCACAAUUUUCCCACAGGAUGACUGCUAUCUUACCUUCACCCCAAGGGAGAAAUAAAUGACGACCCAUUUACCACAUGUGCAAUUUCGAGCUUUUAUUUCCCAUACCAUCGCAGUCGAUGAAGCGAAAAUGAGUGCAUUUUUGUUGUAAUAACAUGGACAAUAGUCGCAGUGAAAAAGUUGCGCCAUUGCCAAAUACGUUUUAAUUAAUGAACUCUUCUAUUUGAAGGCGGUCUUUCAUGUCAUAUGCAUCUGAGUCAGCAGAUGCUACUUAUAUAGAGUCUUAGACAGCACAUGCGAGUGUUUCCUAUCAUGUCUUCUCUCGUCUUUCCUGUCCUUGAAUCGCGUUAUCAUUCUGUUGCGAGCUCGGUAAGUGCCACCAAAACGGCAAGACUACUUAAAUCCUUUGUUUUUCUUUUAGGGAUGCAAAAUUCAUUCAGUACAUAGUUUCAAAUCCAUUAUUUUUCUUACAAA